CGUACAAUAGCGAAAGAGGCCGAGCUGCAGCGGAGCUGUCCGGAACAUCCGGCUGCAGCUCCUCAACAUAAACAGCAAUGGCGGAGGCAGCAGUAGCGUCUACGGCGGCUUCAGCAGUAACAGGAGGUUGGACCAAACACGUAACCUGCAGAUAUUUCAUGCAUGGUCUUUGCAAAGAGGGAGACAACUGUCGAUAUUCUCAUGAUCUGACCAGCAGCAAACCUGCAGCCAUGAUUUGCAAGUUCUUUCAGAAGGGAAACUGUGUGUUUGGAGACCGUUGCAGGUUUGAACACUGCAAACCGGCAAAGAACGAGGAGCUGCCAGCCCCCCAGACGCUGCCGCUGCCCUCUGUCUCGCUGCCUGUCCCAUCAGACCCAGAACCCAGUGGGCCAACACCUGGUCCAGGGGCACAAGACUGGGUCAACGCUGCUGAGUUUGUUCCAGGACAGCCGUACUGUGGACGAGCUGAGCCAGUGAAGGUGGAGAGCUCCGUCCCUCUCAUCGAGGAGUUUGACAGUGACGCAGCAGUGGAUAACAAAGAGCUGAGGAAGCAGCUCUGUCCGUAUGCUGCUGUUGGAGAGUGCCGCUACGGAAUCAACUGCGCCUAUCUCCACGGCGACGUUUGUGACAUGUGUGGCCUCCAGGUGCUCCACCCCACUGACAACAACCAGCGCUCCGAUCACAUAAAGGCAUGCAUCGAGGCCCAUGAAAAAGACAUGGAGAUUUCCUUUGCCAUCCAACGCAGCAAGGACAUGAUGUGUGGUGUGUGUAUGGAAGUGGUGUUUGAGAAAGCCAACCCAAGUGAGCGCCGCUUCGGCAUCCUCUCCAACUGCAGCCACUGCUACUGUCUAAAGUGCAUCCGCAAGUGGAGGAGUGCCAAGCAGUUUGAGAGCAAAAUCAUCAAGUCUUGCCCAGAGUGUCGAAUCACAUCCAACUUUGUCAUCCCCAGCGAGUACUGGGUGGAAGAUAAGGACGACAAGCAGAAACUCAUCCAGAAAUACAAGGACGGCAUGGGGAGUAAACCGUGUCGAUACUUUGAUGAGGGUCGUGGAACGUGUCCUUUCGGCUCAAAUUGCUUCUACAAGCAUGCCUUUCCUGAUGGGCGGCUGGAGGAAGCACAGCCCCAGCGAAGACAGAAUGGAUCCAACAGCAGGAAUCGGAACUCGAGGCGAACGCCGCUGUGGGACAUCUUUGACGAGCGGGAAAGCACCGACUCCUUUGACAACGAGGACGAGGAGAUGGUGACGUUUGAGCUGAGCGAGAUGCUCCUCAUGCUGCUCGCCGCAGGAACUGACGACGAAGUGACAGAUUCAGAGGACGAGUGGGACUUGUUUCACGAGGAGCUGGACGAUUUCUAUGAGAUUUACCUAUAGCAGCCCCACCUAUUAACCCCCACCCCCACCCCCCAUGUAUACUAGACACUAGGAUGGACUGUCUUGUGUGAGUGAUGGACAGUAGCUUUUCCCCACCCCCUGUAUUGUGGCAGUGCCUUUAAGCAGGCCAUAUUAAUAAAUGAACUUAUAAAAGGUUUAAAAAAAUGUCCAAGUCAGUGCGCUCGUGCUAAACAUUUUCUAGACAUCUAUCCUCGUGAGUCUAUCUUGUGCGGUUCUUGUUAAAAGGUAAAACGAUAAAAUGACAAAAAGAACUCGAUAUAAGAUUUAACAGAAAUUAUAACUUUCUUCAAAUAUUGCUAAUAAACAUUGUCAAGUUUAUUUGUGGGUGUGAGUUUGACUUGUUUGUCAUCUACCCAGCUGUUAAUACAUACUCCUGAGACUCAGAGGAUGCACACUUUGCACCGUUUACUGUAAUCAUGAUGGGCAUGUUGUAAGAUUUAACUUUUCGAAGGCCGGAACUUCUCUUCUUUGUUUAUUUCUUUUUUUUUUUUCUUCAUUAAAGCUGCUGAUAGGCAAUAUAUUGUGCUGAUGUUAAAUACAUUAACCAUAAUCAAUUUCACGUUGUACGGAAAAGUAUUUACUGUGGCCCCUACAAAUCUAAACAAAAGCCUUUGUGAGGCCUUUAAAUCAAAAUGGAACACAAGCUGUCCAUCAAAGCCCAAAAACCCUCGGAGGGUUUGUGGCUGUGCAGGGGGACCACUAGCCCUGAUCCUUGGUAGCCGUCUUUGUAACUUGGACAUUUCAGUCACAAAUUAGUUACGGAAAGAAUGUUAGAGAUCUGAACGCACCAGAUGGUAGACACCCUCCUUGGAGACAAAACAAAGUGAGAGUGGAUAGUAACGAUGCAGGACUUCUUUUACAUUCACCAGCGGGAUGUAUGGACUCAUAUGGGUCAGUACAAUAUUGAGCUUAUGAAAUGAUGAGUAAUAAUUUCAAAGCCUGUGCUUGCUUAUGAGCUUUUGUUAACCUUGUGAAAAACUACAUGAUAACUCCAAGUUUGUCAAUGUGUAAAAAAGAUUUGGAGUAGUAGAUACAUAAGGAGAAUGUUUAAAUAAAACCUGAGCACUGCAAAUCAGUGGUCAGGUUACAGCAGGACUACUGAACAAAAUGGUAGUCACCUUUUAUAUCUUCUAGCCACCAGAGGCAGCACUGAGCACACUGCUGCUAAGCACUGCAGUCUGUGAGCUGUUCUGUGUCUGCAGCUGCAGGGUUACACAGAUGACUACCUGGGACCUUGAUACACUGUCUGACGGGUCUGGUUCAGGGUUCAGGGCUCAGGGUAAACCUGCUAAGUGACCCCAACCUUCCUCUUCACGCACCUGUGCACCUAUUGUAGUCUUUAUGUGCAUUUAAUGUGAAAUGUUAUGUCAGGUUUCCCAGAUAAUUCUGUCUUUCUGCAAUCUAACUACAAAGGUCAGUAACCUGCCCAGCCAGAGAGCCAGAAUAAAGAUGGACCUCUUCAUUUGAUAUCUUUCCCUUCCACCGUUCUGAAUCUCAGCAUCCAGGGACCAAAAAGCAAGUCCUUCCUCAGAACCAGGUUAAAGAGUCAGCGCUUGUGAUUACAAACUCUUCAGCUGACUGACAGAAGAGCUGAGAGACUUUUCAUUUCCCACCAUGCCCGUGUAAAGUGUCCACUCACUGUUCUUUGGCUUCACUGAGUAAUGCAUACUAAGCUUUGCUGCUGAGAUGCUCAGCCACAGACUCCUGAUAGCUGGUCUCAACCUGUUGAACUCCGUUGGAAUGCAUAUGUUUAUACUGAAAUGUGUGUUUUCUAUGUUCCACAGCCAUUCAUCUUAACUUGAAUUAAAGUUUAUUAUCAAUCGGUA